UAAAAAUCUCAGUCUCGUACCACCACCGGCGAUGUUCGCUCAACGUUUCUCGAUGGUCUUUUUCUCUCCACGUUACAGUACUCGAAGUAUUCUUGAUCAUCUAUUCAAACUAUAUCCUCAAGAAAUGGGAAAGAUCGGUAAUUACGAACAAUGCGCAUUCGUGUCUCGUGGAACUGGUCAAUUUAAGCCAAUGGCUGAAGCGAACCCCACUAUUGGAUCUACUGGCGCCUUAGAAUUUGUGGAAGAAGACAGAGUAGAACUGGUCAUUAAUGACAAAGGGAAUAAAGAGGAGCUUAGGAAAGCGGUACAAGAACUCAAAAAGUUCCACCCAUACGAAGAAGCUGUAGUUUACAUCCACAAGUUGGAGGACAUCUGAAAACAACAUACCGGCAGAGUCGAUAUUUCACCGAAGCGUCACCGUCUGGUUGACCACAUUGUGAAGGUCUAUUCACUAGACAGGGUUUUCGUGGCGUGGCGAAGUGGCAUGAAAUCCGAUCAAGUUACGAACGGUACCGUAUUCACCGGGUUGAGCUGUGCUUGAACAAGCCAGUUUGAAAGGAAUGUUAAUCCUCGCAUAUCAGCCACCUAUCGUCCUGACCCCUACGGUCGAUUUCUGGAACCCAUCCAUGACUGGCUCCCGUUCCUUUUCUUUCUAUUUCUCCUUGACACGUCGCCCAAACCGGAAGUCUACUUCUUACGUGAAGCUUGCGUUUCAUCCUUUCCGACGAAGACGAUGAGCCUCCCGCUUCCUUUAUCACCGGAUCCUUGGCACCUCAAGGCCUCAUCGACAUCUUUGAAUGCGGUGCUGUUCUUGUUCACGCUGGCGCUCCGUUCAUGACCUCUUUGAGCCCAAGUGUGGUCCUACUUCUCUGUCCUACUUCUCUGUCGCAUGAACACUACGCUUCAAUGAGAUGAGGAUUGUGCCAGACCGCCAAGCUGUGUAGGGGCAAUGGGUCACAGCUGACAGACUUACCAAUCAUAUCGACAGAGUAUCUACGUGGCGUAUGUGGCGUUGACGGAGAAACCGAGAAGGCAGUUGCCUUUGAUCUCGGAACAAAAUUGAAGGACGUUCGACAGAGUCUCCUCCUUGGUCAUGGUGUGAUAUACUGGUACUCAUAACGGAGUUGACGUUCACAGCCUGAACCCGCGUAGGCCUGAUGCCAUAUGCCAGUACAUACGCCCUUUCAAUGUCAACUAUGGCAAUG